GAAAUCCUUAUCGACCAUGGUAUAAAAUUUCCUAAGAGAUCAAAAUUGACAGAUGGUUCUUCACCGAGUUCAUUUAGUAGCAAACAAGAGCAGGAAGAUUUUGUGCUCGCUAUUGAGCUGCAAAAUGCUUUGAACCAAUCUAGCAAAAUAGAAGAAACAAAUCCAGUCACGACCCAGCCUGCAGCUACGCAGCAUUUAUUCCCUAGCGUCAAUCAGCAGAUUCACGUGUUAGUGCCUUGUGAUGGUACGAAGCAACUUUCAAGUUGGAAUCAAGAAAAUUUUGAUUCUGCAAUAAACAAUUAUACUAUUACUACAGCCGCAGGUAUCAUAAACCACGAGAACAGGGGAACUAUAGAUAUGAGGCAAACUGCUCAUGUAACUCCAAUUUCUAGUAAUAGAACUUAUCCACCUCUAGCACCCGCGGCUAAUUGUCUUGAUAUUUUAGCUCAUGCCGCCCUUUCGGAGACAAUUUCGCCCAGUUGUGAGGAAGACGAAUAUUACAGUGAUGCAUGA